AGAGUUCGAUGCAGGUGGCUAGAUGCAGUUGGCUAGAUGAAGGCUGGGGCGCGUUUCCUGCUUGGGAUGAGGUCACAGGCGCAGGUGGAUGGCGGUUUGUGCGUUACUGUCACAUACCUCGAUUCGAGACCUUACCUGUAGCUCCCCUUCUGUACAGAGUUUCCCUAAUAGGGUGCAUUCCCUCCCUUCUCCGAUAUUCUAUUACCUGGCUUCACUUCUUGUUAUCUCUGUACUUAAUCGUCAACUUUCCAACGGCGACCGAUUUUCGUACUUGUGCGGAAUGAUGGACGCCGGUACAUUUUGGAAUCCAGUCAUCAUGUAAUGCGUGGCAUGUAAUUUAUCUCCAGACCUAUACAAACU